AUGCAGAAUCACAACAACUACCAACCGAGCCAAAGACCAGCUCGAGGUGGUGUUCAAGAGACGUCGCAGCGGAGCAGUGCCGUGGCCCAGCCUCCCGCCGCUGUGCACCCUAGGAAUCAUUCCGAGGGUAAGAUAUCCCACACGUCAACCUCUCUGAUGCCUUUGCUGCACGAGCAAAACGAGAACUUUGGCUUACAUGUUCCCUAUCUUGCAGAUUCGUGGGUAGAGAUAGGCUCCAGGCCUUCCUCAUCCUCCCUGUCCUCGGCCGCCGACACCGAUAUUGUGACUACGGGCCUUAGAGUCCAACACGACUCUAACCUACACCGUCAACGGCGACGGCCGCGGAACGCUGAUCAAUUUCGAGUUGGCACCGGUCACCGUGUCGCAAGUGGAGGAGGAGACAACAGUAGUCAGGAGGAGUACGACGAGAGUGAGAGCGAGUCGGACCGGGUCUUGACGUCGUCGAACGAAGGCAUCGGUCCCUCGCCUUUACAAAACCAAACUCGCUCCCCUUACUCGCGGGCUUCCUCAGACACCAUGUCUGAACGAGAAGACGACGAUGACGACGAGAACGCCACGGCUGUAAACUACCCAAGAUCCUCCCGCCGCCAGUUCGAACCACGUCCCAACGCCUUCACCCACCCAAGCAACCAACCCGCCAUCCGAUCACAAUCCGGCACAGCAUACACUCCGCGUCGACCAGCUCCAAGAACCUCAACCCAGCGUCACUCCUACCCAUCUUCCCACUCCCCCUACAACAUCCUCUCCCCAACCGCCCAGGCAGAACACGACGAAGUCCUCCGAGCAUCUCUCUCUACCCUCCUCUCCGCCGCCGCAGCCGUCCGUGGUCUCCCCAAACCAGGUCAACCAUCCCGCACGACCACCUCGACCCGCGUAGACCCCACUACCCUCCGCAUGGUCCCCGAAUCCGCCCUCCUUGGCGACAUCCAGGAAGAAGCACGUAGCACUUCCACAAACAACAAUACUCGCGAGACGGCAUCUUCAUCCUCCCCCCACCGCUCCCCAAGUACAUCUCCCUCAGACCACUCCAAACGCAAAGCCGCUACUAGCCCACCUCCGCCCCUCACUUCUCCCACCACCACCAACAACAACAGCGUAGCCAGUAAAGACCACCGUCGCGCCGUCAAAAAAGUCCGCGGUGUAGGCCCGCUGCUCGUCGACGAUGUCAGUCCUACGCUCUUGACGUGGGUCAUUAGCGCGAGUGUGCUUGCUAUUGUCGGCGUUGUCAGCUUCUCGACUGGGUACUCGCUGGGCAGGGAAGCGGGACAUGCGGAGGCGGCGAGUGCAGCGGCUGGUGGCGCGGGCGAGGUCGCGGGCGCUUGUGGGAAGGAGGUCGGUGCUGCUGCUGCUAGAGGUGGAGGGUUGGGGAUUCGGAGGUUGAGAUGGAGUGCGGGGAGUGGAGUUAGGGUCUGA